AUGGUGCGAUUGGUAUUCUUCCGAAGGUUGCAUACUUUUAAACCCUUUGACGUGGUAAUUCUCAGAUCGCUGGCGAAACCCAAUGAGAAAUUUCAUCUGUCGCAGCCGUUAGAGCCGGGAUUGACCGUUAAGACUGGAAAUGGACCCAUACCGCACGAGGAUAUCAUUGGAAGACCUUUUAGGUCAUUGAUUAGUUCUAAUACGAGUUCUGGACCUUCGCAGCACAAGUACAUUGUGGUAAAACCAUCUUUAGAAGAGUACGUGGUAAAUCGAAGGCGAGAAGCGCAACCGAUCUAUUCUUUGGAUGCAAGUUUAAUAGUAGAAUUGAGCGGUAUUUGUGUAGAUUAUCCGCUGUUGAAACAGGGACAGAGUACUAGCUCACGGGCUUUGUCCAAAUGGAAGCAAUUAGACCCGAAAGAUCCAUAUGAAAGUUUCUUACAUACCAAGCAAUUGAGUCGAAACCAGAAUCUUCCCAAAGAUGUCAUUACUGUAGAGCCACCACAACAAUUCUUAGAGUGUGGAACAGGUCAUGGUUCACUGACAUUGAACAUCUUGAAAGAGAUUCAUAGUGGUAAUGCAUUUUACGAUGGUGAGAAUGACUCGACUAGAGGUGCAAUCUUGCAUUCGUUGGAUAAGAACGAAAAACACAUGAAGAUCGGUCUUAGAAACGUGAAACAUUAUAAUCAUGGGAUGUACUGGCCCGAUGUUGAGUUCCACUUGGUGGAUGGGGCUCCUCAGGAUUGGCUACAAACCGAUGUAGCUAAUUACUACCGCCACGAGGUAGGCCGUGCAAAGGACAAUGGGCCUUUUCUCAAUGGUGUAUUCUUGGAUAUGCCGUCGCCUGAGUUGCAGCUGCAUCUGCUCUCCGAAGCCCUUCUUGUCGAUUCUCCAAUAGUGGUGUUUGUUCCCAGUAUAAUGCAGAUUUGGGAUUGCUUAUCGAUGGUCAAGAAGAAAGGUAUUCGUUUGACGCUAGUGAAAGUCUACGAAUUAAUGGCCGGGUCCGGCGGAGGUGGUUUGAGAGAAUGGGAUCUCCGCAAAGUUUCUGUAAGGGAAACUGGGCAAGAUGGUAUCGUUGUAAGGCCCAAAGUCGGUGUUAGAACAGUCGGUGGAGGGUUCAUCGGUGUCUUUAGAAAACUACCGGAGGAUUCCAUUGUUAAGACGUGGGAUUAG